CUGUCAUUUUUUCUAAAAAUGUUUAUCCAUUAAGAACCUUAUAAGGUUAUUCUUAAAAAUUGUACAUGGCAUUGACUUUCUUAAAAAUACUGGGAGAGACAUCCAGUCAUUUGUAAAACGGAAGUAGGACACUCUCUUUCCGCAUUCUGUUUUAAAAUAAGGAAUGUGUAAUUGAGGGCAUGCACUUUAUCAUGUUUUAAUUCCUUUUUUGUAACUUUCUUAGUGUUUCACAGCAAAUGAAUUUGUUUAUAAAUUCUCUGAAACAUUUGACUACUUUCAUCUUGAACUAAAUAACUAAAAACAAAACUCAGUCAAACAUACCAUUGUUUGAGCUCUAUUAAAAAGAUAUGCACUUUCAUGUGCCUGUGUAAAACACACGACUUGGUGUAAAAUUAUUGUUAUUUGAGUAUGUCAGGUAGUUGCAUUAAUAUUUUGAGUACCACAAGAAAUGUGUAUUAUGUGAUAUUGUGUGACUCAAUUAUAAAACACUGUUAGCCUCCAAUUCACAAUUUCUCAAACACAUGCACUCCCCAAGUUAAAGAAAUAGCCUGUGAACAGGCUCUCUUGUCGAGGAUGGGGUGAAGAGAAAGCAGGAAGAGAAAGAAUGGCAGAGAGAGGAGGAGGGGAUGCCACAACCCCUAACCCGUUCUCCCCUCGGCCACUUCACUCUCAUUCAGUUCCUUUUUGGCCAUUCCAGCCAGAGCCUGUCCACAGGGACCACAGGCUAUAAAGAAAUAGUCAGUAAAUAAGUAAAAAGGUUGCGCAUCUGUUAAAGGGUCUGUUCUGUGAUUUUUGUGCAGUAAACUCCUUGGACCUAUUCAUCUCACUUUUAAUUGUUCCUUUCAGCAGCACUUUUGGGAAGGAGUUUGGGGUUUAUUCUGUCAUAGCACAGGCAGAAUCAGCCAUAAUCACGAGCUCGCAUCAGAAUACCAUAAAUGUGUGUGAAAGUUGAUAUUUCGAUAAUUUACUGAAUUUUUGGCACCUGAUACUCGCCGAAGUGAUGUGCUGGCGGUUUUCUGUUGCCAACCAGUCAGAUUUGCAGACGAAGAGUGGAGUGUAGUUUUUACCCGCGUACAUCAGCGGUCAGCAGCUGCGACAGAUUGCGAAAACCCGAGCGAAAACCUGGUAGACAUAGCGCAAAUAGUCACGCAAAUAUCGCCUUAAAAAUACUUUAUUUGAUGGAAUGAUAUAAAAAACUUUGCUUUUGUCCUUUUAGAGGAGUAUAUAUAUACGUUCUCUGAGUUCGCACAGCGACUCUAUAUAUAGACAUUGUAUGCAUUUCGAUUUCGUUUAUGAGGUGACACGACUUCGGGGGGAAAAUUUUCAAAGAAACCAGCUCGGCAAAAAUUUCGAACUUGUUAGUCUGUAGUCGAGUGCGAAGCUUUCAAUAAGCGUGAACAUAAACUGUGGACAGUUCAGCCGUUACAUGGAGCGACUCGACAACGUUGUGUUGCGAAACAUCAUCAAAUUUCUCGAUCCAGAAGAUGUAGUCCGUUUGGGCAGAACAUCACGACAUAUGCAUGCAAUGAUGCCCGAAGUUGUUCGAACCACCGAAUUGUGGAAGGGGCCGGACUUUCACAUUUUUGGCCCCAGACGAGGACAUUGGGCUCCUGAAUUGUACUUCGACGGACCAAUACUUCCUAGCAUGGUGAUCGAACUGGAAGUGUCCGUCGUGUGGAAAGACCAGGGAUGGGGCAACAGGAAGGGCGAAAUCUUCAUGAUGUUGAUGCGACCGGCUGCAGAGAGAGGAGAGCCCGUGAAGAUUGCAGAGUACCGCAGAUUGUUCGGUAUUGCAGAGCACUUCGAGAAAGAGGCACAAAAUGUGAUUCGUGGAGAUCAUCCGGUCGUAGCCAAGGCUAAAGCGGGAGAUUUUUACCGGUUUAUGAAGAAUGCUGGCGGUGGAGGAGGUCAUGAACUGGAGGGAAAGAACUUUCGAGUCAAGGCUACUGUAUGUGCGAUAGUGCAUUAAAUGAGACUAACAGACAAAAUAACAGCUUUAGAAAAAAUUCUAGAGUACAAUAAUGUAUUUUGUGCAUCGUUGGUUGAUGUUCAACCCUGCAUGCCACACUUGAAUUGUCAGUCACACUAAAAAUUGUCAUGGUGAACACAACUUCAUUAUGGUAAAAAAAACAGUCCAAGUGUGACUAUUAUCAUUAUUAACAAUUAUUAUUAAUAAUUGAGAAAUAAAAAACAUGUACCGUGUU